ACGUGAAAGUGAAAGCAUCAUGAAGCGGGACAGCAGGGGAAAACCAGCGAACUUCACUUAAAGAGUAGUUACUGUUACAACACCAACUGACAGCAGAGAGGAAACAAUCAGCCAUGACGGACCUUUCUACGAUUUACAAAAUAUGCCUGGUCGCUAUUACCUGCUUCCUCCAUGCCUGCAGCAGCAGUAGCAGCAGCUGUCCGGAGCUGGAGUGCUGGUUUGUGCAGGAGAAGGUGGGUCGAGGAGGAGGUUUGACUCCAGCUACAACCCAGGAGAAGUCCCUGCUGUACAUCGGAACAGACACAAACGGCCGCGGUGCAGCGUCCCGACAGACUCCAUCAGACAUCCACCCUGACAAAGUCUACUUCGUCACAGACCCAGCAGCCACGCUCUGCCACCGCUCCCUCAGCCGACCCAGAGGCUCUGUCAAGAAGCCCCAGUGUGAGAUCAGCCCCUUCCUGCACGCGCCCUCCUCCCUCAGAUGGGUUGCUCCUCUCACGGACUCUGGCCUCAGCCCCGUGUACCUGCAGGCCGAUUGGUUUUCGGCUGCGCUACAGGGGUUCAACAAACAGCUGGUCAUUUCCAGCGUCAUGCGUGCUCCCACGGCAACCAAAGAGCCAAAUGUGAUCCUGAGUGUGACCAGUAAAACGGUCUCCGUGCAGGCCAGACUUGGGAAACCGGUGCUGCUGGACUGUGGCUUCUGGUUAGACCCUUCAUCGCCUCUGUCCCGGUCGGGUUUUGCCGUCGAGUGGCGCUACCAGUUCAGAGGCAAAGGACACCUCGUCCUGGCUUACGAUGGCAAGACGGACCGCGUGGCCGAUUCACAGGAGGAAGGGGCCGCACUGGACUAUGAGGCUUUGCACAAGAAAGGAAACGCGUCGCUGACCCUGCAGGAGGCUAGAGUGCGUCACUCGGGGAUGUACAUUUGCACAGUGUAUCUGCCGUACCUUCUGGCUCAGGUGUCGCUGGAGCUUGAGAUUGUAGAACCUCCAUCCCUCUCCAUCCAGCCCUCCCCGCUGCCACUCGCUGUUCCCGGCCAGACUCUGAUUGUCCAGUGUGACGCGUCCGGCUUCGCGCCGCUCUCCCUGGAGCUGAGCUGGGAGUUCAAAGGCGCUGACGGGAAGUCCAGGCCUCUGGGAGCAGGCAGUGUAACGGGCCACAGGCAGGCCUUGGACGGCACCUACAGCCAGAGCACCCGGCUGGAGCUGGACACCUCGAAAGUCGACCUGGGCACCGGGGGAGAGCUCACCUGUGUGGCUGUCCAUCCCGGAGGCACGCGGCGGGCCAGCACGCCCCUCAGUGUCAUCGGGUUCAGUUCUCCCUCCGUUGAGGACUCGAUGGCAAUGGUUGGUGUGGCGCUCGUGCUCUAUGGUCUCAUCAAGUUGGUCUCCUGGACCUGUUUCAGCUCAGAUGUGGCUGAGAAACACGAGAAGAAAGAGAAUUAAAGAAGAAAGAAGUCAACUGAUGUGUGAUACUCAACCACCAAACGUUGGAGUGACUGUUUUCCUCUUUGUUAAUAUCUAUCUUUGUGAUAAGUCUGUGUAAACUUUUACUUUUAGACAGGGUUUUUCUUCAGUUAUUUUUGUCUACAGAUCCCGCUGGAUAACGUCUGCUUGAGCUCAUAUUUAUUCAAUUCUAUUUGAACAGUUUUUUUAUAUUUCAUGUUAUUACUAGGCAAGAAUCGUGUAUCAGGGAGAAUUUUAUUCCAUUUGAAAAGGAUUCCAUUUGUCUGCUCGGUCUCAAAAGGCCUGUUGUAAUAUUCUUCUUUUAAACUUCGUGUUGACUUCUUUGUCCGUCUGAAUUCUGUAUUUUAGAAAAAAUAGAAACACUGGAGAAAACCGCCCCCCCCCCCCAAAAUUGUGAAAUUGUGCUCCCCUGUGCUUACAAUACAAAAAUAUAAGAUAAGAAAAGAUUUUCCUUUAUUUGUCCCACAACGGGGAAAUUUGGGAUAUGACCACUGAAGGAACGCAGCUGUGUGUGUGUGUGUGUGUGUGUGUGUGUGUUUGUGUGUGUGUACUGACUAAACUGUCCGAACUUGCAAUUUGAAUCUUAUUUUUGUAAAAAAAAAAAGUGACAAUUAUUGUAUAUUCUAAAAAUUUUAAUUGGUGCGUUAUGUCUAUAUUGUCAUCACAUGUUGCUCAUUAUUUUCAUUGUGUGUGUCUGUCAUCCAGACUAAAAUCGGAAUGAUGCUUUAUCCAUUAAUGAAACAUAAAAUGUACUUAGAAAUGAAAAGAUAAUGUUACAAACAGAGCACGUGAUUCUGUUGGAGAAGACAAUUCGGAAUUUAAAAAAAUAAUAAUUCAUUUUGUAGUGUAGGUGUGAUAACAUUUCAUUAAAAUAUUUCUCAGAAUAAUCUUUUGUUUAUGUUUUUCCUGAAACAUACUGGUACAUUGUGUAAAAAAAGAAGAAGAUAAAAUCUGUGACUUCCGUUGUUCUUUUCAGAAUAAAGUGACAGCGAACUCA